AGGGCGUAAAGAAAAAUCAAACACUAUUGUUAUUUCCUUAAAUAUUGUUAUUGCUGCUUUUCAAAGGACAUAAUAACACCAAAAUGUUAGCACAGUAUAUGGAUGAGUUUGAGCAGGAACCAUUUGAAGUGUCGGAAUUUAUUGAACGACUCACUUGGCGAAUUAAUAAUGAAGUUGGCAUCAGUGGGAAAAAUGCGGAUGAUUUUAAUCCCGUAGCACUUCAUGAAACUUUUAUACAAACUAUAAAAGAUAUGAAAAUUUUACAAGAAAAACAACAGGCGAAAUGCGAACGGCUAGAAGAGUCACUUCGUCAAGAACAAGUAACACACACAAAACAAAUAUGUAAAUUGCAGGAACGUCAUCAAGUCGCAAUCGACUGGUUUGGUCAAUUAGACGAGAAGAUCAAUUCUGUAGCAGGUAAAAUUAUACACCUUGGUGAACAACUAGAAAAUGUGAAUACGCCUCGUAGUCGCACUGUGGAGGCGCAAAAACUUUUGAACCAUAUGUCUGAGUUUCUCAUUCCUGGGCCCAUACUCAACGAUAUAUUUUCCGAUCCUGCACGACUUUACGAAGCUGCAGAUGUGAUCCAGAAACUUUACACAAUAUCACAAGAUUUGCCAAUAGAAAAGUUUGCCGAUUCCAAAAGGAAAAUCGAAAAAAUGUAUGAUGACGUAGAGCGUCGUCUUAUCGAAGAAUUCGCCACAGCACAAAAGUGUGAAGAUAUAGAAAAAAUGAAAAAGUUGGCGCAGAUUUUAUCUCAAUUCAAGGGCUAUACACAGUGUAUCGAUGCCUAUAUAGAACAAAGCCAAAUGACUCCUUAUGGCGGAAAGGAUAUAUUUAUAGGGAUAACACCUAUGUGCAAACAUCACUAUGAAAUUAUAAAAAAAGUAUUUGCCAAUCCUGCACAAGUCAUGUCGAAGUUUAUUCUCAACAUUUAUCAAUUAAAGCUCAAUCAGUAUGCUCUAACGAAAUUGGAUGAUAAAAAAGACGAGGAGAAAUAUUUACGUACACUUUAUGAAUUGUAUUCAAGAACGCUAAAGUUAUCUAUAGAUCUACAAAUUUACAUGUCGACUAUGGACGACGACCUGCUGCAAAAGUUGACCCAACAAAUUUUCACAAAACAUUUAGCGAAUUAUGUGGAAGUGGAGUCAAGGUGCCUAACAACAAAAUGCUCAACUGAAUUGGAAAGGUUUUAUGUCAAUAAAAAGCACCAAAAAAAGCCAACAGAACGUUUUCAGGAACUGAGACGUGAUAUGCAGGCGUUAAUAGGUACACGAGCCAAUAUCAAUAUAGCUCAGAUCGAAGACUAUGGCGGCGAGACAUUUCUUUGCGAGGAAUUAGCCAUAAAUAUGCUGCAGGAGGCCAAGGCUGCACUUAAACGUUGUCGUCUACUCUCCAGUGCGAUCGAAUUACCCACCAAUGUGAUUAAAUUAAAUGAUAUUUUAUUACGUUUCCUUAUGCACGAACAUGUAGUGUAUGCCCUGGAACUGGGUCUGCAAGCAAUACCGAUAGUAGAAGGCAAAGCCUUUCCACAACUUUAUUUCUUCGAUGUGGUGCAAAAAACUAACAUAAUUGUGCAUUUGUUGGAAAAACUCUCGAACAGCUCAGUUAUCCCUUGCAUUAUUAACACUCCAAAAUAUUCAGAUUUUAUGUUCAAAAGACGUUUGCUAAUGGAGCAAAUUGAAAAAACGUUAGAUCAGGGGCUCGAACGGUCUAUCAAUGCUAUAAUCAGUUGGGUAAAAUUAUAUUUACAAAGCGAGCAAAAGAAAACUGAUUACAAACCAGAAACGGAUAUGGACACAAUCUCAUCAGCGGCUUGUCUGCAAGUUGUUCAAAAUUUACAGCCCGCGCUAAAGCAAGCAAAACGCUGUGUUGAUGGUGAUAACUUGCAAAAUGUCUUACAUGAAGUCGGUGUGCGCUUUCAUCGUGUGAUUUUUGACCAUUUACAAACCAUGCAAUACAAUACAGCUGGUGCCAUGUGCGCCAUCUGUGAUGUAAAUGAAUAUCGCAAAUGCAUACGAGAAUUGGAAAAUCCGUUAGUUACACAACUUUUCGAUAUCCUGCACGCAUUAUGUAACCUUUUACUUGUGAAACCAGAAAAUUUGCAGGAAGUUUGUACUGGAGAAACUUUGAACUAUUUGGACAAAUCGGUUGUGCGACAAUUUAUACAGCUACGCGCCGAUUUUAGAUUUAUUAAGAACACGAAUUAUCUUAAGGGCAUUAUGGAAUGAAUC